UGGCUGAUUGAAGGAGGACUUGCUUCAACAAAAAUCUCACCAAUCUGUUCUUUCAGGAUUUCAUUAAAUGAUGACUUGCUGCUACCAUAUCCUCCUUCCCAGCAUGGCCCACAGCACCCUCAUAGGCAUGUCAGAGACUGUCAAGCUGUUGUGCAUGGCAAUGUAACGCAUGAAGCCUGGCCCAGCGACAGAAGUACAGGACUGCCAGUGGCUACCACAAGAAUGUUUGUUUCUGACAUCCCUCCAAAGGACAAGAAGCAAAGGAAGGUCUAUGGCCACUUCACUUUUGUGAGGAAUCCCCUGAGAACAUUCUCUGUGUUAGAACCCGGUGGUGCAGGAGGUUGCAGUACCAGAUGGAGGGCCACUGUGGAAAAGACUGCAAGGCAUGGCCAGUGUCUUGUGGCUCAGAAUGGUGGCUACUUCAGUAUGGACACUGGAGAAUGCCUCGGAAAUGUUGUGAGUGAUGGGAGGCUGGUGAAGAAUGCUGGAGGUUUGCAGAAUGCACAGUUUGGCAUCAGAAAGGAUGGCACCUUGGUAUUCGGUUACCUUUCUGAGGAGGAUGUCUUGGAUCCAGUGAACCCAUUCAUGCAGCUGGUGAGCGGGGUGGUCUGGCUCUUGAGAAACGGAGAGGUGUACAUCAAUCAGAGCAAGACAGCAGAAUGCGACGAGACUCAGACCACAGGCAACUUUGACAAGUUUAUCAACGUGAUAUCUGCCAGGACAGCUGUGGGGCAUGACAGUCAGGGCCAGCUGAUUUUGGUUCACGUGGAUGGACAGACUGAUGCCAGAGGCCUCAGUCUCUGGGAAAUGGCAGACUUCCUAAAGCAGCAGGGCAUCAUCAAUGCUGUUAAUCUGGAUGGUGGAGGCUCAGCCACACUGGUCCUGAAUGGAACCCUUGCGAGUUACCCUUCGGAUCACUGUUCCUUCAAUGGCAUGUGGCGUUGCCCUCGGGAUGUCUCAACUGUCAUGUGCAUCCAUGAGCCUACCUGCGAGCCCCCAGACUGCAACAGCCACGGGCACUGCGUACUGGGAGAGUGCCAGUGCAUUGGAAACUUCUGGAGAGGACCUAACUGCAGCCUCUUGGACUGCGGCCCUUCCAACUGCAGCCUGCAUGGCAUCUGUACUGAGUCUGGAUGCCUGUGUGAUGCUGGCUGGAUAGGCAGCAACUGCAGUGAAGCUUGUGCUAGUGGCUUCUACGGGGAUGGCUGUGCCCAGAGGUGCCUCUGUCAUAAUGGCGGAGAGUGUGACCCAGUGCACGGAUCCUGUACCUGCCCAGCAGGCUACCACGGAGCCCUCUGUGAGCAAGGGUGCCCCAUUGGCCAGUACGGACCAAACUGCCAGAAGACUUGUGAGUGUGAACAUAAGUGCCCUUGUGACCAGGAGACUGGCAGCUGCAAUAUUACUUAUCCGUCUACACUGCAGAACCAGUUAUCCAGAGCCGGUCAGUGUCUGGCUUCCCAGAUGUCAGUGGCAGAGAAAUCCCUUCUCACAGAGAGAACAUGGAUCUUUAUCACCUCUGUCUUAGCUCUGCUUCUUGGGAUCAGUGCUGUGGGAUACCUGAGACUUGUUUUCAAAUGCAGCUCAGAGAAGACACAAGAAAGUGGUGGCUAUAUGUACUAUCCACUGAAGGAAAUGAAUGGAGAAUCCAGUCACACAUACACUCCUGCCUCUUGCGAGACAUACAAGGAGGAAGACGCUCAGGAUCAAAGCCAACCAGAAGCCAUACCACUCCUUUAAAGUUACAGGCAGGAAAAGAUUCCUGCUAUUUGUCUGACAAAUGGCACGGUCUCUCAGCAUGAACAAUGGUCUGAGGGCUACUUAAGCCUAUAAUCAAAUGCCGACGAGAUACUCAGGACAGCAAGAAGGGACAGGACGUGCUGCUCACAACCGUGUGAAUACCUCAGGCAAUGCCCUUCCUUCUUGCCUUUCCUGAUCAGAAAGCUGGUAGCUCUCAUUUUCUCCCACCUCCACCCUCAAGUCUCCUUGCUCACGACUGAGAAAAAGGAACGCAGCAGCAACUGCCACUUGAUGGUGGAGAUCAGAGAAAUGCAUUAUAGUAACUGAGGGACACUGAGGCAGGCAGGUGAUAAGCUGGACAGAGACUGUUCUUCUCUACCAAAACUUGUCUCCUUGCUGCUGCCCCUUCUCCAUGCGAUUGUAUGGAUUGCAUAUUGCACCAGAAGUGCCUGGCUGUUAUAGGUUAGUUGAAAGCCUUUUUUUAAAAGUGGUUUUCUACAGGUCUGGCAACUGGCAGCAGGCUACUUCUGUCAGUCAAGCUGAUGCUGAUUUAUUUAAUAAGACACUGGUAAAAAUGCUUUUAAAAAAGAAAGAAAAGUUGCUCUCAGUGCAAUAUGCAGUAUAAUCUAGCUGCUCUUCCCAUUGGCGAGUUGUUGCACAGCCAUGGGUUCAAGGCAAAAGUAUGCUGCACCACGUACUCACCUCUGGCUUGGGAGGGAAGUGCUUUUUCUUUGCCAAUGGUAGAAAUUGUGUGAUACCACUGUAGGGCUCUCUACAUCUUCAAAAACAAUGGAUGAAUUAUGUUUACAACAGGAUCUUACUAGAUCCCAAACAAGACAUACCUUUUGUGUCAAUCCCAAGAUCUAAAGCCAGCAGGGGAUCAUAACUCCUCUUCAUUCUAAGUGUCUGCUAUGUGUAGAGCCCAGUCUGCUCUGAGAAUCUGAAGUGACCCCGUAGUUGUAGAACAUCGUAGCCUGCUCACAUGCUACACCAGGAGAAGUGAAGAAUGUGUUGCUUAGAAGGAAAAGUGUCACGUCCCCAUGCUGUAGUUGGAACAAUUGCGUUAGAUACCACUGUUACACAGAACUGUAGUGCAAACUGAGCCAGGCCCUGAACAUGUGAUUUCACUCCAUUCUUCUGAAUGAGUUUAAGAUGAGAGGGUUUGUUUAAAAAACCAUGUAAAAUUUGCUUCCUCUUGAGGAGAAUAAUUAGCCUUUAAUGUGCCAUUAAUUGCUGCAAGAUGGGGUUACAGUACAUCAGAGCCUAAAUAUUCCAAUUUUUUAUGCACUUUGAUGAUUUUUAUUGCAACUUCAAAGAAGCAAAGAACACAGAAUUUUUGUGCUACACCUAAAGAGGUCAGUCUGAAUUAUUUUGCUAUUUCUUACUUUCAGAAGGUGAUUUAAGACUUGAAUAAAACUUAAUUCCUAUGCGA